AUGUCCUCUACCACGAUCAAUUUCAUCACUGGGAAUAAGAACAAGCUUGUCGAGGCGAGAGCCAUCCUGGGUGAUUCGGUGCAGCUUUCAAAUCAAAGCAUAGAGAUCACUGAAAUCCAGGGCUCUAUUGAAGAAAUCGCACGAGACAAGUGUCGAAAAGCAGCUAUAGCAGUCAACGGCCCUGUCUUGACAGAGGAUAGUGCCCUUGAAUUCAGGGCACUCAAAGGGCUACCUGGGCCCUAUAUAAAAUGUUUCUACUCUGCUUUAGGCAAUGAUGGCCUAUGCAAACUACUUGCAGCUUACGACGACAAAGCAGCCACGGCCGUGUGCACAUUCGCCUUCUCCGCCGGCCCAGGAUCUGAGCCUGAGCUUUUCCAGGCAUGUACUGAAGGCAAGAUUGUCGAUAAAAGGGGAGAUGGUGGAUUUGGUAUGUUUCUCAAUCGCCUAUAG